AUGUCUUCAACUCUCGUGUUCCAAGGCGCGGUCAUCUUUUCCACCGACAGUGAGAAUCUUGAGAUGCACGAGAAUGCCACCCUCGUCAUCACAGAUGGUUGCAUAAGUGCUUUCUACAAAUCUCCAGACCAAAUCCCCGCCGACGCAAUCCCACAAGAUGGACAGAUCAAGCGUUUGCCCCCAGGAGAGUUCUUGAUCCCCGGGUUCGUGGACACACACAACCACGCCCCCCAGUGGCCGAUGCGGGGACUUGGCCAGGGCCUUCACAUCCUGGACUGGCUGAAUGAGAUAACAUUCCCCAUUGAAGCCCGAUUUAUCGACUCGGCCUACGCCUCGAAAAUUUACGAACCGACCGUCGACGACUUUCUGCGUCAAGGAAUCACGACAGCCUCGUAUUACAGUUCACGUCACGUGGAUGCAACGAAGAUUCUGGCCAACGUAUGUCAUAAAAAGGGACAGCGGGCAUUCGUGGGCAAGUGUAAUAUGGAUAGGAAUGCGCCGGACUACAUCCGUGAGGAGAACGCGUCUCUUUCCCUGCAGGAAACGGAGGAGUGCAUCCAGCACAUUCGCAGUCUACCUGGCUGCACUAGCCCUAACCAUGCGCUGGUGAAGCCGGUCGUAACCCCGAGGUUUGCUAUCUCGUGUACGCCGGAGCUCCUGCAGGGGCUUGGAAAUGUUGUCAAGCGCGACGACACCCUGGCUAUUCAAACGCAUUUCAACGAGGCACAACAGGAGAUAGAUGCGACCAAGGAGCUUUUCCCUCAGUUCGGUGGAAGUGAGGCGGGCUUAUAUGACAGUUACGGGCUGUUGAAUCGGCGGACUAUCCUCGCCCACUGCACCAUCAUGACAGACUACGAAAAGGAUCGAGUUCACGAGCUGCAAUGCGGCGUCGCACAUUGUCCGAUCGCCAACAUGACAGUGGGGGGCGGCUUCAUGGUCGCUCCGGUGCGGGAUUUUCUACGCCGUGGCAUCAAGGUUGGACUGGGGACAGACAGCGGCGGCGGAUGGGCGUCGGGGAUGCUGUCUGUGAUUCGACAGGCCAUGAUCGCAUCGAACGCUCGCGAGGUCAUGUCAGCAGGGGAAGACAAAGCGCUUACACUGGAGGAGGUGUUCUAUCUGGCAACGUUGGGCGGUGGAAAGGUCCUCUGCCUCGAGGACAAGAUUGGGAGUUUCGAAGUAGGGAAGGAUUUCGACGCUGUUUGGGUGAGAACAACAACGCGCUUAGAGUCAGCGAUGACACCCCGAGAAGAGGGCGACUCGCUAAGAAGAAUAUUUGAAAAAUUCAUCAUGACGGGCGAUGAUCGCAACGUAGCGAAUGUCUAUGUACGAGGACGAAGAGUAGCGGGAACUAAUGAACAAUGA